AUGCAUGGAUAUUUUAGGGUUUGGGUGAAUGAAUUUGUUUGUCUAGUAGAUUUUUAACGUCACUCUUUCCUAAAUGAUGACGCUUGGGCAAGUCGCGCUAACCUUCCCUCUUAGCCUACUUUAUGCUACCGCGCUGGGUAAGGAGUUCUAGGGUUAGACGGGUAUGUGCCAGCUGGUGGGUUUAGGUUAGAUGAGUGAAUGGGGCAUAUAGUGGUCGAGGAGACCGAACCCCUACUAUAGGUAGCCUUCCUAGAUGAAACCCGGGAUGAAACCUCGGUGUGGACAGUGUCCAUUGAAAUGAGCCAUAAGUUUAAUGUCCCAGAUACGAUAUCCUAAAUCGAAGUGACUGAAACAUGGGUUUCGGGGAGGCGUACUCGGAGGCGUGUGGAUAACGACGAAGGCCCACGGAAAAUAGCUUACUCACCACAUUCGAUAACCCUAAGUAUCUAUACAUGCAUAGUAUCCUAAGCUAAGGGGAGGAUUAGUUCCCCGAAGUACCUGCUUUUAGCUUUGUUCAACCUCUAGACUAGUGUUUCCUCAUAUCCUCCACUCAUCAAAAACCGAUUACCUGAUUAACAAUAAGGUGGGAAGUAGGCUAGGGUACCAGGACCCGAGUAGAAUACGACAUUGAUUACCACUAUACGGCAAUGUCGUCCUAGGUUAAACUUGGCUUAGGAUGGGAUAGUUGUUGAUACGUGCAAACCACUUACAAUAACAUGCACGGAUUCAAGUGAUCAAGCUUUUUGGCGUCGUUGUCGGGGAACCUUGGUAACUAGUAGAAAACUAUUAAGUUGUUAGUUAGUUCUUACCUUGCUUUAGUUGUUUUGUGUUGUGUUUGUGUUGUUGGUUUAUUUCGUUUUGUUUUUUUUUUGUGCUUUCGUUUCGUAUUUUGUUUUCAUAUUUGUGUCUUUAUUUGUAUUGUUAUUUGCCACUUUUGUACGUCACGGAUUUUUGAGGUUGUGUUUCGUAGCAUCGUUGUAUGCAAAGAAGGGAUUCCUUGGAAGUAUUACCUCUUGAUUCUGAAAUCGAGAGAACCCUUCGGAAUCUAAGAAGAGUUACAAGACCUUAACCUCCAAUGGCGGAACAUCAAGCUCAAGCACCACCGAGGCCAAGAACAAUAGGUUCUUACUCUAGUCCAAGUGUGGACAAUGUCCAAUCACAUAUUCUUCAUCUGACGUUACCCAACAAUGAUUAUGAGAUCAAGCUGGGCACAAUAUCAAUGCUUCAAAGUGUGGUUCAAUUCAAUGGGAUGAUGAGUGAAGAUGCACAUGCGCAUGUCAAGUUAUUCUAUGAGUUGACGGAUGGAAUCAAAGUGAAUGGGGUUCCUCACGAGGCUAUCCGACUAAGGUUAUUCCCAUUUACCUUGAAUGGAGCGGCAAAGAAGUGGUUGAAUAAUCAACCACAUCACUCAAUCACCUCAUGGGAUGAUCUAUGCAACAAGUUCUUUGCAAGGUACAUUCCAUCUUCUAAGACAGCUUUGAUGAGAAGUGAGAUCCCUAUGUUCUGUCAAGAGGAGGAUGAACUAUUGUUUGAAGCAUGUGAAAGAUUUAGAUCUCUCAUACUCAAGUGUCCUCACCGUGGCAUAGGCGACUGACUACAAGUUGAAAGCUUCUAUAAUGGGUUAACAAAGGAAUCACAGAGCCUCGUUGAUGCAGCUAGUGGAGGUGCCAUUCGGAACAAAGAAGUCGGAGAAUUUCAACAAUUAAUUGAAGUGAUGGCCCUUAAUAGCUACGAUUGGGGUGACGGAAGAAGUGGUUAGAGCAUAUCAAAGGAAAUUUUAUUUAAUAUUGAAGAAUCAUCGUCACUGUCGACCCAUAUUCAAUAACUUUCCAAGAAAAUCGAUCAAGUUGCAUUGUCAAUGAAGGGCAAUGGGAAGCAACUUAUUAAGCGUGAUUGGUGUGGUGAAUUGAGUCAUAAUAUGGAAGAAUGCAAGUCUAUGAUUGAAGCUUCUAUACAAUUGGAGCAAGCCAACUUUGUUGGAGUUCAAUCUUGAGGAAACAACCCUUAUAGCUCGACGUAUAAUCCGGGAUGGAGGAAUCACCUGAACUUUUUUUGGUAUUCUCCAACGGGUAAGAAACCUCUGGGGUUUCAAUCUCAAGCUCCAAUGCAAACUUCUUACCAAAGGCCGAGUCAACCAACAUACCAAGGAGCGUAUCAAGUACAAAGUCGACCCUCCGAUGGUUGACUUGCUAAACUUGAAGAUUAGGUAGGCCAAUUUGUCACACAUUCCAACAAGAAGUUUGAAGCUUUUGACAAGUUCAUAGAGAAUAACUCAACCAAAUUCUCGAGUUUGGAAGCGGUUCAAAGGAAUCAACAAGCUUCACUUCAAAAUCUUGAAGCUCAAAUAAGUUCAUUGGCUCAAACUAUCUCAUUGAGACCUCAAGAAACUCUACCGGGCAAUACCGAGCCGAACUCGAAAGAAGGAUGCCAUGCGGUAACUCUAAGGAGUGGUCGACCAUUGAAGGAGAUUCCUAUUUCAACUCCAAGGAUCCCGAUAAGAGAAGUUCACCAAGAAGUUUUUCAAGAAGAAGUAGUCGGGAGGAAGUACAACCUUCCAUUGAAGUCGAUGUCGAAGAUGAGGAAAAAUAUAAGAAGACUCAUGAGCCCGAGCCAACAUCAAAAAGCUCCUUAUCCUGGACGGUUAUUUGAAAGCGAUCUUUAUCAUAAAUGUGCUCCAUGGAAGGACACAUUGAAGCAAUUAAAGGUAAUCUUUCCUUCCCUAGACAUGGUAUUGAAGAUCCCUAUGUAUACAAAGUUCUUGAAGGAAAUUUUGUUGGGAAAGAGGAAAAUGGAGGAUGUAGCUAUGGUAUCCGUUAGUGAAGCUACUUCGGCAUCCAUUGGGUAUGGAGGAUUACCUCCCAAGCUAAGAGAUCUGGGAAUCUUCACUAUUCCAUGCACGUUUGGAGAUAAAACAUUUUGGAACCCGUUAUCCGUCUUGGGGUCUAGCAUCAAUAUCAUGCCUACAUGGAUAUACAAUAAUUUGAACCUUGGACCACUCACUCCUACUCCAAUGUGGAUUGAGUUGGUCAAUAGUUCCAUGGUCGAGCCAAGAGGAAUCAUAGAGAAUAUCUUGGUAAAGUGUGCUUAUUUUGUCUAUCCGGUGACUUCGUGGUUGUAGACACGGAGGGUUAUGAUGCAUCGAUUAUUCUAGGCCGACCAUUUCUAGAUACAGCACGGACUAUCAUUGAUGUAUGUGGAAGCAAGAACACAUUAAGGUUUUGUGAAGAGGAGAUAAGCUAUAAGAUUACUGCAAUCCCAAAUUUCCACAAGUAUUACAAAUGGGACGAUUUCAAGAUGGAUUGUGAGCCGGUUACACCUCCUACUACACCUCCUUCAAGUCCCGAGAUUGAAUGGUUCAAUAUGGUCUCCCAUGUUGACCUCCAUGGUGCUCAAGUUUAAGGAGGAGUGAUUCUUGCAAAAAUAUGAAGAAAUUGGGCAAAGAGAAAUCUUCUUGCAAAAUGCAAACCCAAGAGUUGUUCAAGGUUUCUCAUCUCUCCGAUGAUCAUGGAAGAAAGCUCCAAAGGUUUAUCUUUGAAGAUAGACAUCCUUAGAAAUGAACCAAUUUUUUAAGG